UCAAAUCCUGGGUCUUAAAAACACUCUUUUUCUUUUGAGGCAAGAAGACAGAGCCAUUCGCUAAAGAUAACGGAGCCUAUCAGGGCAUUCCUUGCCUCUGCAGACUGCGGGCUAAAUGCAACUCAGAAACACGCCCUAUAAAUAGACGUUUAUUGUCAGCAUGUGUGCAAAGACAAGAGUGUGCUGUGGUCGGCUUCAGGCCUAAAUAAGUGCUUGUGUCUGCGCCGGUUUCUCAGCAAACAGCAGCUCCAGCCGAUCAUCUGGGCAGAAGGCAACUGCAAGGCUUGGCCACUGGUCCAGCAGAGACUGAAGAGGAGUUUUUCCCUCCUGCUUUUGUGUCCAAGAUGGCCAAUAUCAUUCUGAGGCACCUCAUAGAGACACCAGUUCGGUACCAGGAGGAGUUUGAAGCUCGAGGUUUGGAGGACUGCAGACUGGACCACACAUUAUAUGCUCUGCCUGGGCCAACCACCGUGGACCUGGGGAGCGCCAGGGUGGCCCCCGCUCGCCCUGUGGACUCAGCUGCAGAGCUGCCACCUUCACAAGGCAAGUCCCGUUUCCAGAUCCUGCUGGACGUGGUCCAGUUCCUCCCGGAAGACAUCAUCAUUCAGACCUUCGAAGGCUGGCUGCUGAUUAAGGCUCAGCACGGAGCCAGAAUGGACGAGCAUGGCUUUAUCUCCAGAAGCUUCACCCGACAGUACAAACUGCCAGACGGCAUCCAAACCAAAGAUUUGUCCGCAAUGCUUUGUCAUGAUGGAAUCCUGGUGGUGGAAACCAAGGACCCACUUGGGACUGAGUGAAGCCUUCCUGAAUGUCUGUCUGUCUAUACAGCAGAGGAAGAUUAUGGUUAAGCAUCAUACUUUUUAUGAAGAUUAAAGAUAUAGGCACAGUGGCUGGUACGUCUAGGUUGUCUUUGUUACUCUUAACUCACAAAGGAAAAUGGCUUGAUAUGUAUCUCAUCCUCACAAUGACACUGUUCUUUAAACAGAGUUGUAACUGUUGACAGUUUAGAAGGCUGUGCUUAGCCUGAUGCUGGACAGUAUUCAGGAUUAUUUGAUUAUUCCAAAAAUGCAGAGAAGCUGUGUUGCUAAUAAUUGAUGGUAAAAAAAAAAAGAGGCCACACUACUGUAUAGAAUUUCUAUUUAUAUGACAACUUGUGACAUUGCUAAAAAGAGUCUUGAUUCUCUUUGUUUGAUAAGUUAAUCCUUCCAGUAUGUUUUGAUCAAUGUGGAGAUUUUGCAUAAAUUGAGUCUGAGGGUUAAACUACAGUUUUUGUUAGUAGGUCCUGAAAUAGACUUAUGAUUCAUCAUGGUUGUAACUGUUAAAAUUAUACUGAAAUUUUCAAAUACAAAUCUUAUUCUUAAAAACUUCCAAA